AGCACUGCCAUCCCGUGACUGUUCGCACUGUCACCCAAUUGCUUUUGCAAGUUUCUGUUUUCUGUGUGAAUUCAAUGUACAUUUCUGUUCUGAACUUCAUGAGUGAUAAAUAACAAUAAUAACAAUGACAUAUUCAGUUAUGAUGAUUCUGAAGAAGCUCUAACUGCGGCCACACUUGUCCCUUUUCUACCUCUACGGCUGUGUACACCGGCGUGUUAACCCCGCCCACUCCUGCUGUUAUGUUGUUAUUCCUCCCGUUCGGUACGUCUGUCCGUACCGCUACUGCUGGUGGUGGUAGUAGCGUCGGUUACUUAAUUUUCGUCUGCUGACCUGAAUUGUGCCUCGUUGCUCCCUCGUUGUGUGUUUGGACCGGUUCCUCCUCAGCAAAAGAACAGAAGAGUUCCUUGUGAAACGUACAAGCACAUAAUAAAUCCAAGAUGGCACGCACAAGACGACCCAGAAGCUCAGGUGGGACUUCUUCUUCCUCCAGGGCGCCGAAGCUGAGGCGGCAUCGGUACUUCACCAGCUCCCAGCAAGGCUUUGGCAGUUGGAAGCCUCGACUUGAACAAGGUAAAAAACGGCCGUGACCAUCACACUGGGGAGUAUGAAGUGCUGGACCUGGUGGUCAGACGUGGUCAGCCAUUCACUGCAACGGUCACAUUUGACAGAGACGUGGACAAGGAAAAUGACUCAGUGGUAGUCCAGUUUGCUUUUGGGAGUAAACCCCAAGAAAGCAAAGCCACACUGCUGAGGCUACGACUGGACAUCAAGGACAUUGGUCAGUCAGUCAACUCAACCAUGGGGAAGUGGUCGGCACAAGUCAAACAAAUAGAGGGAGCUGACCUCACGUUCAGUGUAACACCCCCGCCAAAUGCCUUAGUUGGGAAGUAUGGAGUGUACCUUGAGACAAGCUUGAAGGAGGAUGACAGUUCACUUCGCAGAUUUGAAAUGGAAGAUGACGAAGUUUUUGUAAUUUUCAAUCCUUGGUGUAAAGAUGACCUGGUGUAUAUGGAGGAGAGUGAUGAAAGAUUUGAAUAUGUACUGAAUGAUCGUGGAAGAAUAUGGGUAGGAUCAGCUUUCAACCAUUGUGGAAGACCCUGGAACUUUGGACAGUUUGACAACCCUGUGUUAGAGGCUGCUUUGCUGCUGAUGGACAAAGGAGAAGUUGGAGAUACAGCACGUAGAAGCCCAGUUUCAUUUGUUCGCACAAUAUCAGCCUUGGCCAACAGUUGUGAUGAUAAUGGUGUCCUAGAAGGAAGGUGGACAGAGAAAUAUCCCAAAGACUGUACUUUGCCAUGGUCCUGGACAGGCAGUGUGAAGAUCCUGAAGGAGUUUAUGGACUCAGGGAAGCCGGUCAAAUUUGGCCAGUGCUGGGUCUUUUCAGGCCUUGUCACAAGCUUACUACGGUCCUUGGGAAUUCCGACACGCUCGGUGACCAACUUUGAAUCAGCUCAUGACACAGACUGCAGCAUGACCAUAGACAGUCAUUUUGAUGAGGAUGAUGAGCCAGUGACAUGGAUGGACGACUCUGUUUGGAACUUCCAUGUGUGGAACGAAUCUUUCUUCAGAAGGCUAGAUCUUCCCAAAGGUUAUGACGGCUGGCAGGCUCAUGAUGCCACACCACAGGAGCUUAGUGAAGGUGUGAUGCGCUGUGGACCAGCCUCUAUGCGGGCUAUUAUGGAAGGUCAUGUUUAUCUCAACUAUGAUGUACCAUUCAUCUUUAGUGAGGUUAAUGGUGACAGAGUGAACUGGAAGGUCCUGGCCAAUGGAGAGAUGAAGGUCAUCAACAUAGACACCCACUCCGUUGGUAAAUUCAUCAGCACAAAGUCUGUAGGCAGUAACUUCCGCAAUGAUCUGACUCUGGCUUACAAGUACCCUGAAAACUCUGAAGAAGAACGCAAAGUGGUGGAAUUUGUGCAUAACUACAGCUCCCGCGCAGAAUACGAGAUAUAUGACAAAGAAGAUCAAGAUGUAACAUUUGAGCUUGUUAUUCCUCAUGCUGCAUCUUUGGGUGAAAAUUUCGAGGUUGUAGCUCGAGUGAAGAACAUUUCCAAUGAAAAGCGCUCUGUGUAUGGCCGCUUGACUGUCCUCAGUUCGUUCUACACUGGAAUUCCUGGGAAACGAGUGAAGGGGCAGCAGUUUACUGUAGAUGUGAAUCCUAAUGAAGAGUCUGACCUGAUCCUUGAAGUAACUAAGUCGGACUACUUGAGCAAGUUGAACCCAGAGGCCAGUCUGAAGGCCUACGCUUCUCUCCACGUCACAGAAACAGAGCAGCAGUUUGCUCAGACCCAGGCGUUCACUCUGGUCAAACCAUUCUUGGAUAUAACGGUUCCAGAUGUUAUAAAAGCCAAAGAAGUGUGCACUGGAACGGUGACAUUUACCAACCCCUUGGAUCACAAUCUGACGUCUGGUGUUAUAAACUUGGAGGGUGCCUCCGUCAUGUCGGCCGACACUUUCAGCAUCUCAAAACCAAUCAAACCAAAUGAAACAGUGACGUACGACUUCAAGAUCUGCCCUCGCAGGGCUGGCAACCGAGAAGUGGAGGCAACAUUCACAUCAGAUCAGCUGAGCGGAGUUGAUGGGAGUGUCGAGUUCAAUGUUCAAGCUGUUGAAGAAGACUAGAUUUUUAAAACCCUUUAUAGCAUCGCUGUCACACAGAAAUGAACAACUCUAAUAUUUUUUAUUCACCAUGUCAAGCGUGAAGAAACGUAGUUGCUCAUUUUUUGUUGACAGAGACAAUAUGCCGACUGAGACUGGGCUAUACAUGUAUAUAUGGAGGAUUCUUUUUUUUAUCCAUGACCUUUUCUUGUUAACAGCAAGUUUUGAUGUAUUAACAAAGGCAGCCAACCGUUUGUAUUAUUGGUAUAUCGAAAUAUCAUACAUUCUUGUAUCCCAUUAUAAUUAAUGUUUUUCUUAGUCUCAGCCUUUUUUAAAAAUGUGUGUAUUCAUUUGAUAGAAUGCUGAAAUCAUGACAUUUGUCUGUAUGGACUUGAAAUUACCAUGCUUUAGUUUAUCACUUAAUAUAUGAAAUUGAACAAAAUUUAUCAAAGUAGAUAUAAGAAAAAAAAGAAAAGACUGUAGACUUCCUUUGCCAGAACUUUAUGUUAUCAAUCUGAAAAAAAUAUAAAUGCCCACAAACAUUUUCUCACUGACCCGUACCAUUUGUGCUUCAUGCAGCUUCUUUCCCUUCUGAAAAACUAAUAGGGGCCUAUGUAGAAUGUAAGUUGUGGUCUAAUUUCCAGAAUAGUGAAUUAUAUGAAGAACACUUUUUCUGUUGAAUACCAAAGGGUACAAAAUUAUGCUUUGUUUAGAAUAGAAAUGAGAGCUUUAUUCUUUUAAAAUGGUAAACUUAAAAAAUGUUCCAGUUCCUCUGAUAAAGUUCCUUUUUUGGGGGGUUAUAUUAAAAGUGCAGGGCUUUGAAGGCAAAUGUAGGAGAAAAAAACAUAUUGGAAGUCGUUUUAUAAGGAGAAAACUAGAUAGAGAAGAUUCCAUCAAGUAAUUUAAUGAAGUAGAGUAAUGUCAUUAAUUCUGAGGUGCUAAAACGCAGUAUCUGACUUCUGUCUCCGCCGAGCCUCAAUAAAUAAGUGCUACUGAAUGACAAGAAUUUAUGACAAUGAGAUUAGCUAUUUUUGCCCUGCCUGCGUACACACCUCUCACACGCGCGCACACAAAACAAACACACUCAAGCAAAGGUAUAAAAUGAGAACAUUAUUGUCACCGGCAGAUUCAGAGUUCAAGCUAGUUUUAGAUUUUUAUAGAGAUCUAUAGUAUCUAGUAUGACCAUGACAGCAGAGGUAUCCACUUCUGUUGUUUGCCCUGAACUCUGAUUCAGAAACUUUUAGGGGGGGGGGGGCACUUUUAAAUAAAAGCUCAGAUGUAGAAUUAGACUGUUUCCAUUCUAAAACUAAAACUGAAAUUCAAGAUAAACUUUAAAAUAUUGUGUGAACGUGACAACAAGUGCAAGGAUGCCUCUUUACUAGAUAAAAAUAAUAAAAACGCUCUAUGAUAUGCCAUAGGGCCUACAUUUGUUAAAAGUACAUGUAGUAUUUUUUACCAUCAUAUUCAAUUGUUAAAGGUAUGGUAUAGUAACAUUGAGACAAUGAUAUUUUUAUGUUUCAUUAGUCACCCAAAAGUGUAUGUAAAUGUGUACAUAGCUCAAGCACUGCCAAGGUGUAUUAUUUUUUUUUCUUUUGUCUCAAAUUUUAUAUCAUGUAGGUUUAGUACAUGUAUUACAUAUUUUCUAUUAAAUAACAGUGUGUUUUUUAGACGCAUUACUUUUAAGAGGGACCGACAAUAUCUUUAUAAUUCAUCUGGUCCAGUCUAUGCAUGAUGUACAACUUCAAAUGGCAAGUUCCUGUGUGUUUACAGAUUGUUGAAGUGGAUUUGUAUGUCAUUACAGCUGGGAGUACAUAUUUAACACUUUAUAAACUCAUGUUUUGAGAUUUUUAUUGACAUAGCCUGCUCCCAGUGAGUGCAGGGUGUUUUUGGGCCCAUAGUGUAGCCAACUGCAUGGCACAUCGUUGUCAGGAUAAGAUUUUUCCUCUCUCACUCUUUUUCCUUCCAUAUAUUGUUUAACUUGGGAAAUAUAAAUAAGCUGAUUUGAAAGAAACUUUUAUGGUUUUUGCCAAAUGCAAACUCAAUUUUUCUGAAAACCUGCCCACCUCUGUCUCGUCAUACCUUUGCUUGUCAAUGUUUUCCUUCCAAUGCUUGUUGCAUAAUGCUCGGUGACAUUAAAAAAAAAAUUGAGUCAACUUCCUGAAUUAUCAGGUGCAUCAUCACGAAGACAGUCGUCGGUGUUGAAAGGAUAAAAUGGUGUUUUGUUUUUUUGUGACUUUCUCAGAUGGCAGCAAACUGGAAAAAGCCUUAUACUUAUAUUAUGGCAGCUAUGUUGCUCUGUGAAUGUGUAUGAUAUUCAUGUAUACUUUUUUUUCAAGUUUCCUCAUACCUGGUAUUUGAAACCUUCUACUUCUAUUGGUGUGAUCAUUAAACAUUUCUCUUUUAUCUAUCAUGUUUGAAAUUCUUUAAAAGGGGCUGCAUUAACAUCAUUUUUCCAGAUAUACACACAUGUAUGAUGUAUUUGGGUUCUAAAAAUCCGAUAAAUUGCUAGAGUUUAAUCACUACCGUACACAAAAUAUCUUUUAGAGGAAAAGGGAAAGUCUAUGGAUUAUAAAAAUUGACCAGUUUAACUGGAACAGAUUUUAGUUUUCCACAUUUUUCUUUAGCUUUUGAUCAUUCAAUUUGCUCAAAAUAUAGCUCUUACUUUUAAAAUUAUUAUUACACGAGAAUGACUUACUGCUUUUUUGUUUGUAUUUUUUACAAUUAUGUGGUAUAUAUAUUAUUUGUAUUCAUUAUAACAUUACAAUCUCUAUGAAAAUGCUGUCCUUUGACAAUUUUUUUCACAUUUGGGAAAAGGAAAAGUAAGAGGGUGAAUACGGAGGGUGGGGAAGAAUUUCAUAAUCAUGCUGCUUUGAUGUCUGAGUAGCCUUCACCACUUUGUGCACUGGAGCAUCAUUAUGCAGCAUGAGAACUUUUUUAAAUAGCUUCACCCCAUACCUCAUACGAUAUUUAUGAACUACAUUCACAAAAAGAGCUCUCAUGUUUAAACCGACCAUCUGAAUUUUUAAAAACUCCACACACAGUGUUUCACAAAGAUACAAAGCAGUCUGCAAGUUUCAGUGAUUUACAAAAAUUCCUUCAUACUUCAUAGGCAGGGUAAAAGACUUAUUGAUCAUUGAAUGCUUCGUAUAAAUGCAAGAAGUGCCCUCCUGAAUGGUAUUAAUGAUUACCAUAAAAGAGAUUACUAAAGUUGCAAAAGUUUCUGUAUCCUUAUACUGCCAAGAGCUAAUAAAAAGUAUUCUUGAGUGCGACUGAAAUACUUCAUUUGAGCCCAAUAUUUCGUUGGUGACAUUGCACGCAAGCAUAGAUUUCUAUUAUAACAUAAUAUUGUGGUGCUCAACCAUGCUUGUGGCGAGUGGUGUCUAGCUGGAGAGAAAGGAAGGAUUCCACCUACCACAUGAUAGAUGAUUAAUUUUUAUUUGCUUUGCAUACAUGUGUUUUAUCAAGAAUGGUCCUGUUUGUGCUUUCUUCAUUGCUCAAUAAACUAUCAAAUAACA